AUGCCUGGUGAUAACAAAGGUGCACGUCGCAAAGGAAACAAGAAGUGUCUGGCAUGCAUGGUUGCCGGGAUCAUAGCACAAAUCCUAAUCAUAGUGCUGUUUGUGCUACUAGUUAUGCGCAUCCGAAAUCUUAAGGUCCGGUUAAGUUCAGUCGCGGUGGAAAAUCUCGGCGUCAACUUCUCCGCUUCCUCGCCCUCCUUUCGCAUGAACCUUACUGCUCUCGUUACCGUAAAAAACACCAACUUCGGUCACUUCAAGUUCAGUAAUAGCACGGCUACGUUUUCGUACAGGGGUACUAAGGUUGGAGAGGGCACCAUACUUCAGGCGCGCGUUAGGGCUCGAUCAACCAAGAAGCUUAAUGUCACGGUGUCCGUGGAUUCGAAAAAGGUAUCGAGGAAAUCUCUGUUGCAUAGUGACAUCAACUCCGGGGUUCUUAAGCUUAGCAGCUAUGCCAAAUUGAGUGGGAAGACUCACUUGUUCAAGGCUUUCAAGAAGAAAAAGUACGCUGAAAUGAAGUGUACCAUGGAGUUGAAUACCAAAACAAAAGCUAUACAGAAUUUGGCGUGCAAAUGA